UCUUGAGUCAUUAUUCCACGCAGGUGUCGCCCAGGGUUGGGGGGGGGUCUCCUCUUGUCCGCGCAAUAAAAUGCUGUGCAUAUGAAGCCAGGGUUGUUAUUCUUGGUCUUUGUUCUUCCUUUGUGUCAUGCCAAGCGCCUGCUCCCUCCAAAGUUCUCUGAAGGAAAGGAGUGGGCCUAAGUGGCUGGAUCUUACUUGGCCUGUGAUGGAAGCCAUCUUCCUUUAACAGCAGUUGGCAGGCAACGGGUCCUCUGAGGCGAGAGAGUGGGGCUGAGCGGCUGGAUCUUGUUCAGCCUAUGACGGAAGCAGUCCUCGCUUCCAGAGUGUUUUUCGUUUCAAAGUCCUGUGCCGCUCCCCCCCCCCUUAAACAUUUACACAAUAUUCAAGAGAACCAAAGAAGUCGCUGAUUUCUGUUCUGCCCCAUGUUCACCUCACGCAGCACCUUUUCCGGCCUGCUGCCGUUCAGCUUCUGACAAAAACUACGUUGUUCAUCCUGCUGUUGUGGAAUUUUACGCGAUUAAUCGUGGAUGAAGCGGCCCCUGAGCCCACCCCACUCCCCAGGGAGGAGCAGCAUCUUUGGGACCCUCACAGAGAGCUCUGGUAUAGGGUGCGCACCAGAGCAGCGCACAAAAAGGGAGAAGAAGCACCCGUCGUUCACGCUCUGUGAGGUGUGCAAUAUCCAGCUCAAUUCAGCAGUACAGGCUCAGAUCCACUACAAUGGCAAGUCUCACCAGAAGCGCCUCAAGCAGCUCAACAAAGGCAAAGUGCUGCAACGCCAAGGUCCAGCCAGCCACAAUAGCUCCCUCUUGACAUCGCUCCCCAUCCCGGGACGGUCCCUGCAUUCGCCGCUGGACAUCAAGCAUUUCCUGACCUUCCGCUUCAAUGGGGCCCCCCAGCUCAACCUCUUCCCCAACUUCAACACGAUGGAUCCAGUACAGAAAGCAGUGAUCAACCACACUUUUGGUGUCCCCAACCUACUCAAGAAAAAGCAGUUCAUCUCUUGUAAUAUUUGCCACCUCAGAUUCAACUCUGCGAAUCAAGCUGAAGCGCAUUACAGAGGCCACAAGCAUGCCCGGAGACUCAAAGCCAUUGAAGCAGUGAAAAACAAGCAGAAGACUGUGGAUGGCAGCGGCAGCCAAGAAAAAACGGCUGCUGACUUUGACACCGCGCUGGACCUCAGCGGAGACACCGGCCACAGCAAUGCAGCACAAUCCAAUGGCCUGUUGGGAUUGAAUCAGCCGGCAGCAGAGCCCUGCAGCCUCAUCCUGAUGUCCCCUGUUGAGGAGUCACCUGCCGAGCUGGCUGGCGGAAUCCUGUCCCUCGUCUCCCCACCUGUUUCAGAGCCGUCGGAAGGAGCUCCAGACACUGCAAGUGUGUCAUCGUCGUCUGCGGCUCCUGGAGCGGAGACUCCAGCCACUGAACUAGGCAGAAGCACCAGCUCAGCGCCAGACGCGGAGAAAGAGGGGAAGAAGAACAAGCAGCACCUAUACUGUCCCACUUGCAAGGUGACAGUUAACUCUGCCUCUCAGCUCGAGGCUCACAAUUCUGGAGCAAAGCACAAGUCAAUGCUGGAAGGCCAAGCUGUUCUGCCAAGGCGAGGCAGGGGCAAGAUCCUUUCUCGAGUCGGGCACAAGCCCAAGCGGAUUGGCAGCAAAGGCAGCCUCAGCAUCCAAAACAAAGCCUUCCAAUGCCAGGUGUGCGAGAUCUUUGUCAACUCAGAAACCCAGCUCAAUCAGCACAUGAACAGCAGGAGGCAUAAGGACAGACUGGCAGGGAAGCCAGCAAAGCCCAAAUGCAGCCCAUACAGCAAGCUGCAGAAGAAUACGGCCCUGGCAGUGAGUAUUCUGAAGUCCAAACUGGCUUUGCAGAAGCACCUUACGAAGACCUUGGCUGCACGGUUCCUGCCGGGCCCCCUCACCCCAGCCACCAUGUGUGCUCUGCCCAGCCCGCUAACGCUCCGACCAGCUGCCGCUACCCUCUUCCAAGCUCCCAUCUUUGGACCAGCGCUUUUCCGAACCCCCCCAGGCCCUGUGCGAGCGGCUACAGGCCCUAUCGUCUUUGCCCCCUACUAGAGAACUUUGGCACGGUUUUUUGGGUUCAUUUAGUUAACCAAUGUGGGGAAGAUCAGGGCAGAAGCAGUACAGAGAAGGAGGGCAUCUUAAUCAGGCUGUACUCUGAGCAGAGGCAAACCAGAAACCUUCCACUGCUUUAAGCACCAAUCUUUUCAUCUCCGUUUCCGCCUAUGUCAUUGUUUUGAUUACACAUUGGGGAAAGAGAGUAUUCCUUUCUGUCCGCCUGUGUUGUCCUCCCUCUUAGUUUCAGGCAGGCCUGCGAUGCACCAGGUUUUCAGGCAUUGGUUGAUCUACCUAGGAGCACAACCCACCUUAUCCAGGUGAGCAGGUGGAGCUUGUCAAGAACAUUUGGUUCAUUAGAAAUCUGUACAUCUGGAGGUGCCAUUUUACACAGGGUUACUGCAAUCCAGGAGCCAUGUAAGAUUCAGUGUCUGGGGUUUGCUGGGUGGUGAAUAACUGAGGUCCAAAGAGGAUGUGAUGUGGGAUUGGAACUACUCACCUUUCCAACAAGCAAAAGUGGGGGGAGGCCAGGUUUAGAUUGGGGGGGCUCUCCCCGCAUGCUGUAGCCCUGAUCCAGAUCACUUCCUGCCCCCCCCACUGCUUUUUCAAAAUAAAGAAGAAAUCAGAAGUUCCUGUCACAGAAUCUUAACACCAUGUCUGCUUGGUCCUAAGACUCUGGCAUGUAGGUGAAUGUCAGUAUUUCUCCCUUUAAUGAGAGGUGCUAGAAUACCCCUGUACUACUGAAGGGAUUGAGCUAGUUUGUUGAGUAGAGACAUUAGAGGGAAAAUGAGGGUAUGCACAAAAGGAGUAUUUCUCAUACGAACAAAAUUAGUUACACACACACAGAGACACACACACACAGAGUACAGAUUAAACCCUCCCCACCAUCUCAAGCCUUAAUGUUUAAUGUCAGAUGGCAAAAAUAUUUUUAUUUUAAAAAAGUUUUCAAAAUGACCAAAUGGUUUUCAGAUUAGGAACUGAAAAGCCCAGAUUUUGGUUCCUGCUUGGGUUCAUGUGUAUGUUUAAAAGAGAGACAGAGAGAAUGUGAAGGAGUAUUGCAUAGGUUGUAGGUGCAAAAUGAGCCAGAACUUUGGUUUGUUUGUUUGUUUUCAUUUUUAAAACAGUAUUUUUAUCCACA